AUGCGGCGAGUUAAGAAAUCUCGCAAUGGCUGUGCAAGAUGCAAGAGCAAAAGGGUCAAAUGCGGGGAAGAAAAACCACACUGCAAUCGAUGCACUCGGCUUGGAGUGAAGUGUCCUGGAUAUGUCCAAUCUCUGCGCUGGGUGACCAAGUUUCAACAGACCGACAAUGAGUUGGCAGACAAUCCUGAAGAUUCUGUUACCACCCCAGACCAAUCUACAAAUCGUCGUUCUUCUACCUCUCCUAAGCAGCCAGUUUUUGUCAAUGCGUCACCACCAAUUCCGUUGGCUUCAGACACUAGCGACUUGAGUCUUAACACUCCCCAGGAAAGUACCGAAUCGAGAAAUCCAGAAGCCAAUGUCGCAAGUGUGAUGUGCGAUAACCUGUGGAAUCUUCAGGGCAUGGGCUCUUUGCCGGAGUUGACAGAUCUUUGUCCUCCGUCGCCAUCGACAUCACCUUCAAUAUCAGUUCCACGUCCAGAAGACUCGAUGUUCAACUUUGGAACACCGACAAAUCACACGAGCUUCUUUUCGCUGGCAGCAUCAGCGCUUCAGGAUAAACAACAUCAUUAUCCCGGCUUCUCGCCUUCAUCAAUCGUGCGCAGAUAUCCUUCUUCCCAUCCUAAACCGCCUCCCCACGAUUUCUCCUCUGUUCCCCAACCCUUGAACAAUCCGUCAUGGACGUUGAUUGAAUAUUACUUCAAAGAGGUGGCAGCGCUGUUUUCCAGUUACGGUAGCCAGAUGAACCCCUUCCGAUCGACCGUGUCACGCCUAUGGGGGUCAUCGCUGGCCAUGUGCAAGACGAUGCAAAGCAUGGCGGCGGCCACCCUAGUGCACGAUUUUCCUGAAUUUGGCCCGGUGGGACAACGCAUGCGCGAUGAAGCAGUUGAAAUCAUUUCCAAAGAAACCAUAAUGGACGACAAAUCGCUCUUGGCGUUGCUCAUGCUUGGUCAGACGGCCAGUUGGCAUGACUCUAGAGACCUGGGCGUUUCGUUCUUCAAUCUACUUCGGAAACACCUAGAUGCCAAAGUUGCUGAAACGCCGUGCCAGAACCGUGGUAACAACCAUCAGUUCUUUGAGGAGGCUCUCAUCUACUGGGAGAUGCUACUCUCCUUUGUUGCGGACGAUUCAGCCGUACUCUCGGGGAAAUCAGCUUCGGAAAUGACCGAGUCGGUUGUCCUCCAGCGGGUGCCUCAUCCUUGGACAGGGAUUGCACGCGAUACUCAAUUCACUGUUCAGGAAGUUGGGCGGCUAGUUUGCUCCGAGAGGAAGCGGGUUCGCUGUAGAAAGUUUACCUCGGAAGCAGAUAUUACCCAAGCGCAGAUGGCCAUUGUCAAGGCCCAGGAAUUGGAAGAAAGACUCCUUGGCCUGGCCCAUCCCACGGAGGGCGAGAUUGUUAGUCCAGGGGACGAUGAAACGCCGGUCUGGCAUCUUCUCACUAUGGCGGAGGUAUAUCGCUGUACAGGCCUCUUACAACUAUAUCGGGUCUUUCCCGACUUGUUACGCCGCCGAUUACCCUCGCACCAGACAUCGCCUUCACAGUCUGGUCAACAGCCCGCCACCGCAGCUCCUCGGGAUCUAUUUUUCAGUCUAGGUACUGAUCCAAUCAUGGAAAGUAUGCCAUGGUUCUCCGACGCUCCAUUGAUGCAACCGGAGAGCAACACAACUUCACAUCCAGCAGGCACAACCAAGGAAGAUCCGGAACUGUACUACUGCACUUGGUUGGUUGAAUUCGCACUCACCACUCUAUCCCGCCUCAAGACCAUUCCUUUCGAAUCGCGCACCCGAUGUCUUCAACCGUUUCUGCUCGUGGCAUUGAGCAGCGAGCUUCGGCUACCUCAAAUGACACCAUCAGGACCUAUUUCCGACGUUGACGGACCGCAGCUCUCAUCACAUGCCAUUGAGGUCUCCAGAACGCGCCGCUUCAUUCUCGGGCGGCUGACCUCGUUUCUGCACGUCCUUCCCCCGAAACCAAUCGGCGUCUGUCUUCAACUUGUACGAGAAGUGUGGAGACGCUUGGAUGCUGGCGAAUCCAACGUGUAUUGGAUGGAUGUCAUGAUCGAGAAAGGUUGGGAGACAACGAUGGGUUAG